UUUCCUGGAGCCGUGAUGCGUUCAAAGACUGUCAGUGAACUUUACUCCGCUCACUAAGGACUAAACUUUUCCGCGGCGCGCGCCUCCGGUAGAUGGGAUCUGACCGUUCCAGCGGAUUUCUGCUCGGUUUGUUCCGGUUCGACCGCUGAGAGAAAGUUCGAGUUUGAGCCGGAGGAGAGGAGAGCUGCCCGGACACAUCCAUCCCGGAGCAGAGGAGGGACAGCCGGAGGGAGACGUCGGCCAUGGAGACUUCUGCGUCCAGAGAGAAAAAGGACAAAAUGGACGGGAGCAGCUUCGCCGACCUUCCUAAGAAACUCUCCCCCUCAGAGAGCAGAGCCCCCCACCACAUCUUCCCCACCUUUCACACGCCAAUCCCGAUUGACAUGCGCCAUCACGAAGGGCGAUACCACUACGAGCCUCACGCGCUGCACGCCAUGCACGGCCCUGCAGGUUUGGCCGGCAGCCCCGUCAUCUCCGAUAUCUCCCUGAUCCGCCUCUCGCCCGCCGCUGUGGCGACCGGGGAGUCUCCCUUCAGCCCGCCUCACCCGUACGUCAACCCUCACAUGGAACACUACCUACGCUCAGUGCACGGCAGCCCCACCCUGUCCAUGAUCUCUGCAGCCAGAGGACUGAGCCCUGCUGACUUGACCCACGAACAUUUAAAGGAGCGCGGUCUCUUCGGGCUCCCUCCUCCUCCUCCGGGGGCCAGUCCGGCCGAGUAUUACCACCUGAUGGCCAGCCACCGGAGCCCCUACAGCGAGCUGCUCAUGCAGGGGGCCGGGGCCACGGCGGGGGCCCACCUGUCGGACUACAUUACUCCCAUCGACGUGUCGAGGUUCUCCAGCCCCAGACUGACGCCGCGGCUGAGCAGGAAGCGAGCGCUGUCCAUCUCGCCGCUGUCGGACGCCAGCAUCGACCUGCAGACGAUGAUCCGCACCUCGCCAAACUCGCUGGUCGCCUACAUCAACAAUUCACGGUCCAGCUCGGCGGCCAGCAGCUCCUACGGACACCUGUCGGUGGGAGGGAUCAGCCCGUCCUUCCCCUUCCCUCAUCCCAUCAACCCGAUGGCCUACCAGCAGCUUCUCUCCCAGCAGCGAGGGCUCAGCGCCUUCGGCCACACGCCUCCUCUCAUCCAGGCGCCGCCCUCAUUUUCCAGUCGCCAGCCGGGCCUUGGCCUCUCAUCGCUGCCCCCCUCUGGCCACAACGACCUGACGUCAAAGAACCCUGGUGGAGACCCUGCUGUCAGCAGCUCGGUUGACCCCAUGAUGACCAAAAGAUCCAAAGUUAAGAGUGAAUCAGAGGGACUGAGGCCGACGUCUCCAUGUUCACCGAAUCAUCACAGCAGUUUGCUGGACUUGAAGGACGACGUGGAUCGGGAUGAGUGUAAGCAGGAGCCGGAGACCGUGUACGAGACCAACUGUCACUGGGAGGGCUGCAGCAAAGAGUACGACACCCAGGACCAGCUAGUCCAUCACAUCAAUAAUGACCACAUCCACGGAGAGAAGAAGGAGUUCGUGUGCCGCUGGGAGGACUGUUCGCGGGAGCAGAAGCCCUUCAAAGCUCAGUACAUGCUGGUGGUUCACAUGCGCCGACACACAGGGGAGAAACCACACAAGUGCACGUUCGAGGGCUGCUCCAAGGCUUACUCCCGUCUGGAGAAUCUAAAAACACACCUUCGCUCUCACACCGGAGAGAAACCGUACGUCUGCGAGCACGAAGGAUGCAACAAAGCAUUUUCCAACGCCUCAGACCGAGCCAAACACCAGAACCGGACUCACUCCAACGAGAAACCCUAUGUGUGUAAGAUUCCCGGCUGUACGAAGCGCUACACCGACCCCAGCUCUCUCAGGAAGCACGUAAAGACGGUCCACGGCCCGGAGGCUCACGUCACCAAGAAACAACGCAGCGACCUGCCGCCGAGGCCGCCGGCGCCCAGGGAGAAUGGCGAGAACGAGGCAGGACACAGAGAAAAAGUCCAGAGAGAGGAUAAAAUAUCGGACAACUCUCCCAGAGGCGUGGAUGAAUACCUGCACGUCAAAUCCAUCAAGACGGAAAACUCUGUGAUGUAUCAGUCCAGCCCUGGCGGUCAGUCAUCAUGUAGCAGCGAACCAUCACCACUUGGCAGUGCCACCAACAAUGACAGUGGAGUAGAAAUGGCGGCACACAGCGGGGGGAGCCUGGGGGACCUGAGCGCCCUGGACGACCUGCCCUUCAUGGAGUCCUUGGGCUGCGACCAUUCCAGCGGCGGGAUGGCGGUGUUGGGUCUUCACUUUCGAAAGCAGUUUGGCGCCGGCCAGCGCCUGGAGCAUCUGAAGAAGGAGAAGCUAAAGGCAGUGAGGGACUCAUGCCGGUGGGCGAGCGACCCAAUAACCCCAACCCUCGGCACCAGACUCCCACCAAUACCAGCGAGCGGGUCCCUCCUGGAGAAUCAGAGUCAGGGUGGUUGUCCGGGGUCCUUCCCUGGUUCCGGUCUGGGUGAUUUGAGCCUUCUGGACAACCUUUCAGAGCGUCGAGGCAGCACCACAAGCACCCUGAGCUCAGCCUACACCCUCAGCCGCCGCUCCUCAGGCAUCUCCCCUUGCUACUCAAGUCGACGCUCCAGCCAGGCCUCGCAGUUCGGCGCCAACCGGCCCAGCAACAUCAGCUCUGCGGACUCGUACGACCCCAUCUCUGCAGACAUGUCACGGCGUUCCAGUCAGGCCAGUCAGUGUGGAGGAAACACUGGAGGAGCUGGACCUCUGAGCCUUACCCCAGCCCAGCACUACCGCCUCAAAGCUAAAUAUGCUGCCGCCACUGGAGGCGCACCGCCGACGCCUCUACCAUACAUGGACCACAUGGGUCUGAAAACCAACACGCCCUUGGGUUCUUCUAACACCAAUCAAGGUGUGGCGUCACGGCAGUACAACAGCUACAACACACGGAGUAUGAUGCCACACGAGGUCCCGACUAACAUCCCCCGCCGAGCCAGUGACCCAGUCAGACGUGUGGCCACGGAUUACAUCAGCCAGAACCAAAUGCAACGCUACAACAGCAUGGGCACGCUGAUUGGAGGGGCAGCCAUGCAGCCACACCCCCCUCCUGCUGCAGACCACAGACUUUUACCCCAGCAAGGUCGCCUACAGUCAAUCGCUAGCCCACAUCGCCACCCCUACAGCGUGAGACCGCCAAGCAUUUCAGAGAACAUCGCCAUGGAAAUGAUGACAGGUGACAUACCAGAGGAAGACCUGAUGCAACCGGACCAAUCAGCCAAUCAACAGUACAUGCAAGGAAACCCAAAUCUCCCACAGCAGUCAUACCAUCAAAGAACAAUGGCGAACAUGAACCCGCCUGAUCAGGUCUCUGGCAUGAGUCCAGGACAGCAACGACGGAUUUUUCCCUCCUCACCACGGGACAAUAAAGUCAGCAUUCUCAGAAUGUCUUCAGGCUCCAACCAGCAGUUUACCCAACCACGAGUCAGAGGAAACCUCGCUGUCCUCCAGCAAAACCAGAACUUUGGAUCCUUCCACAACCAGCAGACGAUCCCGAACUUUGAGACGACGCAGCAGAGAUGCAAACAGCUGACUACUGACCACAGAGCUAGCUGUUUCCAGCAGCAGCCGUCCAAUCUCAACGACUUAGUCAGCUGUCAGUACAGGUUCAACGAAGGUCCUUAUGACCAGAAUGGAAACGCCAUUCAUCAACGCCGUAAUACUACAGGGAGCGUGCUGAGCCCGACAUGCAAACAGGAACCAGUGGACAUGGACACUGUGGACAUGCACUUUCCUGAAUUUCAGCCUGUGCAAGUUAAAACAGAGAACUGUGAUAGACCAGUCAUGAUUUCUGAUCAGCAGAACCGUGCCAUGGCUUUGCAGAAUCUCCAGCCAAGACCGCCGGCAGAACCAAAAUCUCUACAAAGGCGCAUUUCAGGGUCAAGGAACUCCAAUAGUGCAAACCCUGAUGUUUCCUCCAAGUUGCCCAGUAGUCGGGUUUUUGGACUUCACUGCAGCAAUGCUGAUAACGGCGUGUACUACACCGGGCACAUUCAAGUCCUGGAGUCCAACGGUAACUUUGACCAACAUGUUUCUCCGGUGGUGAACGUGCCGCCUUUUGAAAACAACACAAUGUCUUCCAGUUCAGGCGGCAUCCACGUGUCCAGGACUGUAGACUGCAACACCGUGGUGGAGCAGGCGCAGAUAGACUUUGACAGCAUGCUGGAUGAUGGGGAUCACUCCAGCCUUAUGUCAGGAACUCUGAGUCCAGGUCUACUGCAGAGCUUGUCCCAGAGUUCCUCCAGACUGACGACGCCCAGGAACUCCGUCACCCUGCCUUCUGUGCCGGCGGGGACGGGGAACAUGGCGAUCGGGGACAUGAGCUCUUUGUUAACGGCUCUGUCUGAAGAGAGCAAGUUCCUGAAUCUGAUGUCUUAGCCACACUUUAAACAAAUGCUUCCUUUUACAGAAACUUUGAAAGCCCAAUAAACAACUUGAGAAGGAUGUGAUUAGAAGCCAAAAAGCCUCAGCAGUGUGCAACACUAGUUUUCUUGUACAGCCUCAGGCCACGUUUACACAACGAUGAUUUCAUCAGAAAACAGUGACCUUUGGGUGUGUUUCUGGUUCCAGAGACCAAACUUUAGAACCAUCUUCAUCACUGUGGAAGCUUCCAACAUGCAGUCCCCCUGAAAACAGAGACUUAGCAACAUGCUUAUUAUGGUUCCAGUCAGUGUGCAUCGCCAUUAGGUGGACUCCAACUAAAAUGGCAGCCUCCCGACUUCUGUUUGUGUCAGUUUUUAUGAUUAAUCUGCAGUGAAGUCUGUUUAAUUACACCAUCAGUAGUCAGAGAACUGAGCUCUGUCCAUGUAGAGUCCAUGUCCCUGCAGAAGAAGACUACAGACAAUUCUGCUGUCACAGAUACACCAGCAUGAUGCUGGAGGCAGACGCUCAAAGUAAGCCACAUGUACAGCCUGUUAGAUAUACGGUCCUGGCAUAGUUCCCUGUCCCUAGGAGGAAGAGUACAAGCCCAGGAGCAUGUUGGUUUAUUACAAAGUGGCCUUGCCUGUAAACUACACAUUUUUGCAGAUCCCUUAUCAAAACAUGGUCAUCUGGAUGCUAACGGUUCUGUUUUCAGCUGAUAGUUUCCGUGCAAACGUGGCCUCAGUUGUGUAUUAUUUGAAUGGCAUUGUUCUACAUCUCUGAGAAGCCAUAUUUGUGUUGUUUUGCCUUAGUAAAUAAACAACAGAAUCCUUUCAGUUGAUGUACAGGUCUGCAGUAAGAAAAUCGACAAAGUGCCUGGCUCAGCCAAAACAUGUGAUCUAAUUUAAAAGGUGUAAAAACAUCCUGGUGACUCUCUGAAUCCUGUUUCAUGGAAGCACAGACAGAUUUUACACUGUACAUUGUGUUUUUGUUCAAAUGAAGUUGCCCAUUUCUGCUUGAAGAGAACACUAAACUUUAUUCCUUCAGUUUUUUAUUCCUCUGUGAAACGACGUCUGAUUGCUGCAUUGCUGCUGAGAUUACCCGUGGAAUCUCAGAGACUGGAUUUGUGACUGAGUUCUGAACUGAAGCAGUAAAAAUCACUCCUGCUCCUGCAGCAGGAGACCUUUAAGAAAA